GGAUGCGUCGCCUAAGAGCCUCCAAUAUAUGAUUUUAAACCAGCCGAAAGCCAAGCAGGAAAGAUGAAUUUAUUGCUUAAUAUAUUUAAGGCAGAAGAUGAAACAGACGAGACAACUGUAAAUCAACUUUUUCAUGAUACCUAUGUGAGCCAAAGGUUUUUUAUCAAAAGGAGGGAAGCCAAAGGGCUGAAAUUAAAGGACGUUUUGGAGAACCAUUGGCCUCAUUUAACGGAAGAAUCAUACUUUCUUGCCCAUUCAGAAAUUCUUCUGGGGAAGAAAGUUCAAGAAAUUUGGCAUACGUCUUUAGGAAUGAAGGGGCCUUUAAUCAUUUCCUAUGUCAAUGAUUACUGCCGUUCAUAUCGAAAGGCUAAAAAUAUUCCAUUGGCGGUAAACAGUAUAAACAAAGAAUUUGCUGAUGCUGAUAAAGCUGGCAAGGGUUUGAAGAGUAGAAUGCCAAGCACUUUACUAAUAUUUCCUCUGAUUGCUCGAAAAUUCCAAGAAAUAGAUCUCAUAGUCAUUGUGGAGCCGAAUGCCCAAGAUACAGAAGUACAGAGCGCACAUGACUAUUCUCCGUCAUUAUUAAUUGUUAACGGUAAAUUGUAUAUUUUUUAACCAAAUAGUUGAUAUUUGUAGAAAG